AUGCCUAGGAAGGAGCUGGGGCUGGGGAUGGCUGGCUGCAACUCUGGCAGCUGCGACAGCAUGGUCAGCACGGCCUCCAACCACUCGCAGCAUAGCGAUAACAGUUAUGACUACUUAUCUGUGGAAGAGAAAGAGUGUUUGAUGUUCUUAGAAGAAACUAUUGGCUCACUGGAUGCAGAAGCAGACAGUGGGGUCUCUACUGAUGAGACCGACUAUGUGGAGCCCUCCAAGCUGCCCGGGACAUGGCCUAAGAGAGACUCCGUUCCCCAGGAUUUGGAAAAUGGGGCUCCCCCUCCUAGUGUAGGUCAGCAGCGUGCAGCUGAACAGAAGAGCGGUAAGAACACCUCCGCCUUCUCAAGCUCGGCUCCAGCAGCGGUUCCAAGCCCAGGCUAUUACAGUCUUCCAAGGAACAUCACUGUAGCAAAUGCACAAAGAGCAAAUGGAGCUUCUGACAGCAAAGUGACUGUCUGCACGGUGGAGGACCCAGUGCCAGUAGGUAAAUCUUCACAGGAGAUGGCCAAGGAGGACAGGCUUGACCAAGCCAACGUGAGAAACCAGAUAAAAUGCCAAGAGGGAAACAGCCAAGGAGACCAAGACUUGGACUUCAUGGGGCCAGCCAGAGAAAUCCAUGUUGGAAGAGGCCCCUCAGGACCCAGAUGCAUGAGAAACCAGAUAAAGCCCCUGGGGUCUUUGUUUAUCCAACCUCCAGAUCCCUUCCAGGAUGAGCUGGUGAGCCAUGAGUGGUCCCGCAGCAAUCACUCAGAUGCCAAGAGGGAAACAGCCAAGGAGACCAAGACUUGGACUUCAUGGGGCCAGCCAGAGAAAUCCAUGUUGGAAGAGGCCCCUCAGGACCCAGAUGCCAAGCGUGGGCCUCCAACUGCCCCCAAACCGCGAAAAUUACCACCAAAUAUUAUACUGAAAACCAGCAAAAACAGCCCAGUGCCACUCACCAUGGAGCCUGGCCAGAAGGUAAAAGCACCACCUCCAUCCUCAGCUGGCUCUCAGCCUGGCUCUGCCAGUGACACCGCUGCUGAAAAAGCAAAUUCAGGGCACCUCGACCCCAAGGAGAGGGAGAAAGCCCGGCGGGAGGCGUUGGAGAAGCUUGGACUGCCACAGGACAGGAGGGAGCCCAACACCCACCUUCAACCUACCAUGCAUCCCCAACCAAGGGAGAUGGCAUUCCCUGUCCCUGGGGAACCCGAGGCACACUGCAGGGCGGCGGAGAGGUCGGUGCCAGGUAUCCGGCAGAUGAGCUUCAAAUCCAACACCCUGGAGCGCUCCGGCGUGGGGCUGAGCAGCUACGUGACCAGCGCCAAGGAGCAGAGCAUCAAGACCAGCAGCUCCCUGGGCAAGAUGUCCUUCAUCGAGCGGCUCGCCCCAAGCUUCCUCAGGAGCAGCCGCCCCCGGCCAGCAUCCCUCGGGGCAGGGAAGGACUUUGCUGGUCUGAAGGAGCCCGGGCAGGUGGAGCAGGAGAAGAGCAGCAAGCGGCGAUCCCACCCACUGCAGAGCUUCCCCAGGCCACCCCACUCCUGCGUCAGCGUGAAGAUUUCCCCCAAGGGUGCAACCGAUGAGAACCGGCGAGAGGCACUGAAGAAGCUCGGUCUGCUGAAGGAAUAG